UGUGGUUGGGCAUUCCGCCCGUUAUCCUUCAAAGAAGUGAAUGAAGAAGGUGAUGUUGAAGAUAAAGUUGAAGGAUCCCAGGAAAGGGAAGUUGAGAGUUCAUCCUUCCGUAAUGAUGGUGAGAGCUCUUCUCAAAAAAUCGAUAAACAUGAUGGACGUCUAAUCAUCAACAUUACUGCUGAAGAAGAUUCAGUCAUGCAAUGUAAACCAUGUGCCAGUAGCGGAAUGGAUGGCUGCAGAAGAUAAUGCUGGCAUUAUGGCGCCACGGAUAUCAGGAAAUACCCAGAGGGUGAAUGAUGAUAGCUUGGAGACUGCUGUAAAAGCCGCCAGUGCUCAAACAGACGCUGAGGUUCCCGAAACUUCUGCUGUUGAAAGCGAAACUCCCUUGACGAGCAAGAGCAACAUGCUUUCUUUGUCCUUGAUGACUGAUCCGAUAUUUUUGGUUUUUGCCAUCUCCAAUCUCUUGACACCUGUUGGUUUCAACUCUCCAUUGUACUUCCUGCCUAUGCAUGCCACUAGAGGAGUAGGGCUUGACUCGACACGAUCUUCACAAGUCAUAUCGGUUUACGGAUUAUGUAAUACGCUCGGACGAUUCUUUUUUGGAAUUGUCUCUGACCAUCAAUUU